UGUGGACUAUUAAGGACAUGUAUUUCCAUUGUUAGAGUGGUCACUGGGCUAUCUUGUCAAUAUAAUAGAUCAUCUUUGGCAGAGCCCAACUAAUUUAUCCUGAUCAACAGCAUCAAUAUAAAUAUUUGCUUCCAUUCCUCAACCUGACCUCGAACCAGGAACCCCCGAAACACACAGAUAUCGGUCACCCACGAAGCAUAUAGCUAGCUACCUCUUGCUCCACAAAAGCCACGGCCCGUACGGAUUUAAGGAAAACAACUACUUCAGUCUCAGAGCGAGUGACGUCGCCGAUUAAACGCUACUAGCAUACACCGCUAACUAGCUAGACAUUUCACAUCGGUUAUAUUAUGUAAUUUCAACAAAAGGUUAAGCCAAAUUUGUAAAAUAAAUGAGCUCAUGCGCUGAGCAUGAAUUCCAUUGCAGUAGGUGGCGAUAGGUGGCUGGAUGUUGAGGUAUAGAGUAGUGUUGUCAACAGCGUAGAAGGACUGGAAGAAACCGAGAACGCUCGCUCGAGCUCUUGCAAAAAUAAUGAAUAGAUAGCGGAAGAGAAUCGAGGAGGAAUUCUCAACUCAUCAGGGUUGAAAAAGAGUAGAUUAACGUUACAUUCUUGCAGAAUUUACUAUAACUCACAAAUAAUGGCGACUAAAAGGACGGUAAUAGUGACAGGGUUUGAACCUUUUGGCGAUCACACCGUGAAUGCUAGCUGGGUGGCAGUGCAGGAACUGGAGCGGUUGGGCUUGGGUCAGAGUGUGGACCUAUAUGUCUGUGAGGUGCCAGUGGAGUACCAGGCAGUUCAGAGUCUACUGCCAUCUCUAUGGAAACAGCAUCAGCCACAGUUGGUGGUCCAUGUCGGGGUCUCUGGGAUAGCCACCACAGUCACCCUGGAGAAAUGUGGCCACAACCACGGCUACAAGCGGGUGGACAACUGCAGCUUCUGUCCAGACUCUCAGUGUUGCAUGGACGGUGGUCCUGACUGCAUCGAUUCAGUCAUAGACAUGGACCUAGUCUGCAAGAGGGUCAACUCCUCAAGGCUUGGCGUGGCAGUGUCAGUAUCAAAGGAUGCAGGCCGAUACCUGUGUGACUACACCUACUACAUGUCGCUGUACCUGGGGAAGGGCAGGUCAGCGUUUGUGCACGUUCCUCCACUAGAGAAGCCCUACAGUGCCCAGGACCUAGGCAGAGCCUUGCAGGCCGUAGUGGGGGAGAUGCUGGAGCUUGUGGGUCAAUCUGAGGAGGAUGACCAUGACCACCACCACUGCAGCCACCAGCACCAUCAGCAUGCUCACUAAAUAAUGACUUCCGGUGACCUCUGUCCUCAACUCACUGCUCCUGUCCCCAAUGGACAGAAAGCACUUAAAGCUGGAAUCCUUAAUUGAAACAAUAACAAAGUGGUGACCCUGCCUCUGUUUUGGUAAAAACCUGAGGGAUGGGCCUGAAGAAAUGUAACCACUCUCAAAUUCAUAGACAGAGCUAUAUUCACGGACUGACCAUCCAUGAUUUCAAAAUGAUAGUUUUAACCAUGUUUUGAGGCUAUACAGUGUUUGUUUACAUUUAGUUUGCUUACAAACAUUGGAGUACAACAAGCUUAUAUUAUGGGUUCUGAUGGGGUAUGAAAUUUGAACUAAGCUCAUGAGGCAUUCAUACGUUAUAUUCGUCAAGAAUCAAUGGUUAUAUAGCACAAGUCCAAAAAUUGAUGUAGCAUCUAAGGAUUCUAACUUUAAG